UCUGCUGUAUGUUCUUUCCAUAGCUGUGCAGCAGAAAGAGAUCACCCAGAGCACUUCCACAUCAACUAUAACUUUGGUUACAAGUACUCAACCUAUUUCUAUGGUUACAAGUUCUGGAUCUGCAAAUACACUUUCUUCCUCAGUUAAUACAGACUUGCCAAUCGCAACAGCUUCAGCUGAUGUGGCUGCAGACAUUGCUAAAUACACUAGCAAAAUGAUGGAUGCCAUCAAAGGAACGAUGACUGAAAUAUAUAAUGAUCUUUCAAAAAAUACCACUGGAAGUACAAUAGCUGAGAUUCGACGUUUGAGGAUUGAGAUAGAAAAGCUUCAGUGGUUACAUCAGCAGGAACUCUCAGAAAUGAAGCAUAAUCUGGGUAUGAAAAUGGCAAAUACAAAAUCUAAAUGCUUGUAGCAUACGU